UCACUUCUCAUUUGGUUUAAAUGGGAAGUGUUAUGUUUGGAGAAAGGAAAAACUCUGCAUUCCAGAAUAAGAACCGUAUCCCAUCUGUGAAACAUGGUGGUGGUAGUAUCAUGGUUUGGGCCUGUUUUGCUGCAUCUGGGCCAGGACAGCUUGUCAUCAUUGAUGGAACAAUGAAUUCUGAAUUAUUUUUAUUUAUUUAUUUAUAAUUAUUAUUAUUUUUAUUUUGUGUCUCAUUUGUUUGAGUUCUCUCGAUCUACUUUUAGGACUUGUGUGAAAAUCCAAUGAUAUUUUAUGUCAUAUUUAAGCACCACUGUAUUUGGUAUCUUUGGUAACAGCCACUGAUUUAGGCCACUGUGCUACAGCACAACACUGUGACCUUGAGCAUAUUCUCUCUCAUGUCUGUGUACAGUGUAACAUAUUUCAAACAGGAUGGAGUCACACAUGGGCGGAAGUGUGCUGUCAAGUAUGUCUCAAUGUGAUAGAGAAGCGGUGGUUUAGAGCCCUGUAGUAAACUGCAACCGAAUUUCAAACAUUGAUGCUGAAAGGUUCUAUUACUUUUGACCCUAAACACCAAUAAUUACAGGAUGGAGGAAAUGCUUCUGCGAGUGUGUGUAGUAGUGGUCAGCCUGCUGUACAUAAAGGACCACACUGUCUUUCAGGAGCAGGAGGAAAACAUUAUCAUGGACAUGCAAGAGCGGGAAUAUUUACUGCAGAAGGAGUCAGCAAAGCUAGAGCAGGAAGUGCACCAGGUGACCACAGGGCUGCCACAUUCAAAUCAGGAAGUGUCGCAAAGUCAUCAAAGAAUGACAAAUGGGGAAGGGGAGGAUUCAGAUGUUCAACAAGGCCUGGCAAAUGUCAAAGUACAAAAUCCACACGAACACGAAAUGCCACACAGGGAAGACCAGGAUAUCGUGCACCAGAAUCUGUUGAUAAAGGACAUUCAGGAUGAAGCAGUUCCCCGUACUCAUGACAAUGUUCCAUCAGCAUUACAUGAUGGAGCUAUAGUGGAUGACAAUUUCGCCUCAGAAAAAGGGAUACAGCCAGAAAUUGUAAGAGCCUCUCAGAAUGAAAUUAAGAACUUUCAAGAGUAUGACAUGUUGGAGCACAAGAAGGAAGUGCCACACAAUGAUCAGAAAAUGAAGACACUGAAUGAAGACCAAAUAAAAGAAGUUCAAGGAAAAUCACCUUUAAAUGAGUUACAGGAUAGUGAUAAGAAGUCUUCCCAUUUAGAUCAGAUGGGAGAGAGGAACCACAUGCCAUCAGAAGAGAUACCCGAGGAAAACCCCACUACCUCAAGGCAACAGUCAACAGAGAACCCCUACAACUGGUAUUUAUGGAAAUUACUUUCCCUGAUAUCAUUGAUCUGCCUUCUCAGGAAAUUCAUCAGCAAAAACUCACAAAGCUCAGGAACAAUAAUUCCCAUCAAAGACAAGACUACAUCUCCUGGUAUAUUAUCAAAAAUAUGUAUUCCUGACCACCAAGUACUGAGUUGCUUUUAUGACCAGUGUGUACAAGUCCCUCCUAGGACAUGUGGCCGAUUACGCGACUUUGUGGAGGGUUUUGUGGAUGAACUUUUGGAAGCUGCAAGGGAAGCUAGCAGUGAAGAAACUGACAUGCAGAUUGGGGACUUUAUCGGAGUCGGGAGCUUAUAUGAGCUUUGGGCUACAGGCAAGACGAUGGUGUGUGACUUGUAUGUACCUAUAACUGCACCAAGGUCACAUGGAUUUGAUGUUGAACUUUGGAAGGAGAACGAUGCUUCAUUGUUGAGGUUUGGCAGGAUCAAAAUGGUGAAGGCUGAAAAUACUUCAAAUAGUUGCCCUUGCAUGGAUGAGAACUCCAAUAAUGAGGACGUGUUAUGUCUUCUUCAUCCGCACAGUGAGACAAGCAAAGUUAUGAUAAAUGCUGUUGGAGGUCCACUAUGCCAGGAAAAUACACCAUAUCUUUCUAAAAAACAAGUAGUGAUAUGGUUUAGAACAAUGAUUAUGAAUGGAUGGAGAGAAAUCAGUCAUAAGUAUGAAUUUGAGCUAGGAUUUCGCAACCAGAUGGCUCCUGGGGCUUUGAGAGUUCGAUUCAGAUCAGGGCAGAUUGUUCUGUUCAAUAUUACACCUGUGGUCCAGGUCAAAGCUUCAAAAGUGUACUUAGUGUCUUAUCUCUCCACUAAUCAAAACAUCUCAGACAUUCACUGGCCCAUUUCCUUCGCUAGUUAUGAAAAUGCCCUCUUUCAGUACUUCAGCAGAAUUCUUCCAUACAAUUCAUGCCAUAUUGAGUGCCUCCAAAUUCUCUCUUUUCUUCACAAACAGCAAAAUAGUUUAACAGGGAAGUGUGGGCUUACAAGUCAUCACCUCAAGUCUGCAUUGCUACAUCUGUUGAUGUGCAAGCCCACAGAGUGGAAACACGAGCAGCUUACUGGCAGACUGAACGAUAUGCUAACAUUUCUUGAGCAGAGGCUUGAAGCAAAAGUAUUCCACCAUGCUUUAGUUGGGAAUUCUCUUGUUUCUAAAGACAUUGGGCUUCCUAAGGAAUUUCAAAUGGCAAAGCCAACCAAUAUUUUCCUGCCAAUGGUUUUGAAUGAAGAAUGUUACUUGAAAACUGUCCACCAUUUUCAGGAAUUAGUGAAAAAUGCACCUGUACUUUUCCAGGAGUAUGGCUCAAUGAAAAGCUCAGGAUUACAGAAGAAAUAAAAAAUAAAGUUUAAUUACUUACUAGAGAUGCACCAACGUCACUGAUUAUCAGCGCAUCUCUAGUAAAUAUAACUUUUUUUGUUGAAUCGGCCGAUAAAGGCUAUUUUUCCACACUAUCGGCCAUUGGCUGAUAAUUUAAAAACAUCCAAUGAUCAGGGCCGAUUAUAUCCCUUCAGUCAAAAGAGGGUGUGUAAAAUUUCGUGCUGUGUGUAAAAGAUGUCUCUUGUGUGGAAUGAUUACAAAACUGCAAUUUGUAAGCUCUGUACCCCUAAAAUUUUACACCAGAAUUGAGCAGCGGUGAAGGAGUUUUGGCCUAGCGUCUAACCCCCCCAAUGCUGCAUUAAAGCACCAGUACACAGUUGAAAGAUUUAAAUGAAGAGAGGUUAAACUAUAUAUACACAGAAAAAUAUAUUUGUAUAGUUUCAUAUCCAGUUAAUAUAAGAAGUUUAUAUUAGGCUUGUAUUUCACCAGUUUGUUCAGUGAUGAAGUAGAAAUGCUUUUGUUUGUGGUGAGUGAAUGAGCUUAACAGGUUUUUUUUUUUUUUUUUUUUUUUUUUUUUUUUU